AUGUUACUCAGGUUGCUGAGAACACCCAGACUAGCGAAUCGUUUGAGCAACCAGAUUGCUGUAUACACUUCCAGAAGGGCUAUAAUGUCAGUUGAAGACGUGGGAUUGGGUCUUAAGAGACCCUUGUCGCCUGGUGUUGGCGGCGGGUGUAAUGAAAAUGUUAAGGCUAUAGAGAAGAACGGUACUAAAGAUGUGUCCGGCAGCCCGGCCCCAAAGAAACCGAGAAACUCCAAUAAAAAGAAGAGAAAGUACAACAACAAGGAGCAGGAGCCUACUUCACCUUUUGGAGUGCUGAAAUUUGAAAUCGAAGAAAUUAUUGCGGAGAACGGGCUUGGUUUGGAGCAAAUUGCCAACCCCAUGACAGCCAUUCUGAACGAUGUGGAGAUCAAGGCCAUUUACAACCGGGUUGUUUCUGGAGUGAAACUGUUGAGAUACGCAUCAAAUGGUGAUUGUAUUGCGCUGAUUCCAUCCCCUGAAAAAGCAGUUAAUCCUGAGCAAACUCACCAGAUUGUUCUCGUUCCCUUUGGCAUACCUGGUGAAACGUGCAAGAUCAACAUCCACAAGUCGCACCCCAGUUACUGCGAAUCUGACCUGCUGGAGAUUGAAAAGGAGAGUCCUCUAAGAGAUAAUUCGUUGAUCAAGUGCAAAUACUUUGGAGCGUGUUCUGGGUGUCAAUACCAGGCCGUUUCGUACGACCAACAGCUCGAGUUCAAACGCCAAACCGUGAUCAACGCAUACCGUUUCUUUGCUCGUCAGUUGCACGAACAAAAGAGACUUCCCGAGAUCGGUCAGACCGUGGGAUCACCACUUGAGUACGGAUAUCGUACCAAGUUGACUCCACAUUUCGACAUGCCCAGAGCGGGACUCAAGCCCGGUGCCACGCGACCAAACCUUGGCUUUGGCAUGAAGGGCAGACCGACCUGGAGAAAAAUACCGGACAUGAACCCAGGUGCCAUCAUGGACAUCGAGGAGUGUGUGAUCGGAACCCCAAUCAUCAACGUUGGAAUGAGAAACGAGAGACGCAAUUUCGAGAACAAUUAUACGAAGUACAAGAAGGGUGCUACUUUUCUUCUCAGAGAAAACACCCGUACCGAAAACGAUCCGCUUGAGGACGGGUCCGUGGACCCUUCAGGAGAAAUCUCCAUACUAAAAGAAGAAAAUGUCACCUAUGGUGAGGUUUUGAAGACGUGUGUUACCAAUAAUGGCCAGAUUGUGAAGGAGGUCGUGGAAGGCUAUCAGUUUGAGUUUGUUGCCAAUGAAUUUUUCCAGAAUAACAAUUCUAUUCUUACAAAGAUUCUGGGACACGUCAGAGAGAGUUUACAAUUGGACCACAAAUCGGAGAAUUAUCUAAUCGACGCGUAUUGUGGUUCUGGUCUCUUCAGCGUGACGAGUGCCAGCUCUGUUGAGAGGGUUGUUGGUGUUGAAAUCAGUGAAGAGAGUGUAAGGUUUGCCAAGCGAAACGCGGAAUUGAAUGGAGUGGAAAAUGCAAGUUUUAUUCAAGGAAAAGCCGAAAAGAUUUUCCAGGGAAUUGACUUGCCUCACGAUAAAACUUCCAUCAUAUUGGACCCUCCCAGGAAGGGUUGUGAUGAAAUUUUCUUGAAGCAACUCGCAGACUUCAACCCCAAGAGAGUGAUCUAUAUUUCCUGUAAUGUGCACUCUCAGGCUCGUGAUCUGGAGUAUUUUUUGACUCAAACUGAAAACGGUGCGAAGUUCAGAGUGGAUAGUAUCAAGGGUUUUGACUUUUUCCCGCAGACCCAUCAUGUUGAGGGUGUUGCUGUUUUGAGCCGGAAGUAA